AUGAUUCAAAAAAUCUCCAAAGCGUUGACGAAAGGAGAUGAGACUCGAAAGUUGCUCAUCCAUUGUACGAUUUGCUCUAGAACUGAUGAGCUCUCCAUUUGCUCCGCGAAUAUGUGCUCCUGGGAUACAUCAAAGGACGUGGCAGUGUACUCCGAGUGGACUUCAAAGACAGUCUUCGGCGCCGUUCAGGUCUUCUUCAUCACUCAUCGCUACUCAAAGUGA